UUAUUCGCUUAUUUUUAAGGACGAUCACGUGACCUUGACAGAUAAUUAAUGCGGUUACUACGAGCAGUUUUGGAUCGGUCUCGAUGAAAGUGAUGCUAAUAGAAGCUGCGGGGUCUCAUUACAUUUAGCCCACUCCGGCAGAGUUAAAAUUAGAAACUUUGCCGGAGCUCAGGGUUCAGUGAACUGACGCUCCUGGGAUGCGGAGAAGCCGCGCCCACCCGGACCACUAACAGAAAACUGCGCUCAUCAGGAGGAGUCCAGCAGGGAGCCGGAGCCGCAGCAGGUCCGUCACUUCCUCAAAGAGGACUUCUCAUUGUUUCAGUACGAUCUGAUCUGGGAAAUACAUCUCAUCCAAGACAGCACGGACACAGAUGUCCCUUUGGCACUACCAGCCUCCUGAACAAAAUGCUGACUCUUUGGUGAGGGUCAGAAAAUGAACUCCUCCUGCUGUGAUCCUCCCGUCAUCAUGUAUCAGCAGAGCUCAGGAUCUGACCUCAAUGCCAGCUGUGACUGGCUGCCUCCUCACUGUAACUGGACAUCAGUGGAUAGAGCGCCACAGCUGCCUACCUUUUCUACAGCGGCCAAAGUCAGAGUGAUCAUUACCUUCAUCCUGUGUGGCAUCUCCACUUUCUGCAAUUUGGCUGUGCUGUGGGCAGCCAAUGGUCAAAAGCGCAAAUCCCAUGUCCGAGUCCUGAUCAUCAACCUGACUGCAGCCGAUCUCUUGGUUACCUUCAUCGUGAUGCCCGUGGAUGCUGUAUGGAACAUCACAGUUCAGUGGCUGGCUGGUGACCUGGCCUGUAGAUUCCUGAUGUUCCUCAAGCUACAGGCCAUGUACUCCUGUGCCUUUGUCACAGUAGUAAUUAGUCUGGACAGACAGUCAGCUAUCCUCAACCCUCUGGCCAUCAGCAUGGCCCGAAAAAGAAAUAGGGUCAUGCUGAUGGUGGCGUGGACUAUGAGCAUCUUAUUCUCAAUCCCUCAGAUUUUCAUUUUCCAUAAUGUGACCAUCACCUAUCCAGCGAACUUUACUCAAUGUACCACUAGGGGGAGCUUUGUCACUCACUGGCAAGAAACAGCAUACAACAUGUUCACCUUUUCCUGCCUAUUCCUGCUGCCACUGGUCAUAAUGAUUAUCUGCUACACCAGGAUCUUCAUACAGAUCUCCAAACGGAUGACAAAAAAGAACUUGUCCUCAAAUGAGCCACAUCUCCGCUGCUCCAAGAACAACAUCCCCAAAGCUAGAAUGAGAACUCUGAAAAUGAGCAUCGUCAUAGUGAUCUGCUUCAUAAUCUGCUGGACACCGUAUUACCUGUUGGGUUUGUGGUACUGGUUCUUCCCAGACGACCUGGAGGGAAAAGUCUCUCACUCCCUCACCCAUAUUCUGUUCAUCUUUGGGCUUUUCAAUGCCUGCCUUGACCCGAUCAUCUACGGCCUGUUCACCAUACGCUUCCGCAAGGGACUGAGGAGCCGCUACCGUAAAGCAGAAGUGAUGUCGGACCUGGAGACUAACGCAGUGAUGACAGAGUCUUUGAAAUGUACUGCCACUGUUUUGCCCUCUAAAAGAGAGAUAGUCACUGCUGAAAAUGACAGCAUCUGUGGGCAGGCUGAGGCAAAAUCCUCUGAUAGUAGGUGUCUGACUGUGUUCAGUCAAGGAGGAGGAGGAGGACAAACUCACCAUUUCAGCACUCAGUGCACAAUAUAAGUAUACCAUAUUGUUAACUGAACUGGGUGAAAUAUUUCAGGUUUUUUCAGUUAUAUCUGUUUACUGGACAUGUUCACAUUCAUACCUGACAAGCAUGUAUAGAAUAAAUAUGAAAUCAGAGUAUUUCUACCACCUAGACGUCUAGAUGUGUGUGUAGCGCUUGAGGCUGUCUGUUUUACUUAGAGGUUAUAUAAGAUCUUUCUGAACAUAUUAAACAUGUUUGGAGCUCUGUGUUGUGUAACUGGCUCCUGUUUUAGUUUACCACAUACAUUAACUAGUCUGGAAAAAGCUUCAGGACUGAAUGAAAAAUGGACGGUCUUCAGGGCUGUAUAAGUAUCACACAAACCUUUGGCAGAAAACUACCAAGGUCAUGCUACAGAUGCCACAGAUAGAACAAAUCCACGGAUUAACUCUAAUCCAUUCUCUGGUUAAAGUGUCACUCCAGCUUUUUAUUAUGUGAGGACAGUGCGGAUUUGUAUGUACAGUAAGUUAAGUCUAACAGCUGUAUCAGAUGUAACCACACCAUAUGUCAUAUAGUAUGGUGCAUAAUAACAUGAGCCUGAUAAUGAAGCAGCUAACUAUGUACCCACACUGUGACUGUCUUUUGUCAAAAAGGCCUUCAGAAGUUCCAGAUUUUAUUGCAUUCUAGUAAAACAAGUUCUAAAAGAUCACAUUUGUGUUAGUUUAUUUAUCAUGAGCAAUAGUCUUAAAGUCUUAAAGAAAUAACUGCCAGCUGUAAUAAUGUGGAGAUAAUGCAGGGAAACUGCUGUA